GUUCUUUGAGCCAUCUGCUAGUAAAGCCCGAAGAGCAUUUCUAAAGGAUAACUCGAUCAAACACAGCCAUGAACUGACAUCCACAACACCUCCAUCAACCGAAACAAUGUCAAUUUCAAUGUCCUUUUUCUCUCCUCCCACGCCUACCCACCUCUUAAUAUCCUUCUCCUCCAAACCCCAUUUCACCGACAAAACCAUUUUCUUUCUUAGACCCGCAAACCCCCUCCUUUUAUCGGCUCCAAAAGUCUCCACGGACAACGGUGCUGGAAUUUCAGCCGCUAUAGAGGAACCAAAAGCGGAGCAAAAGGUUGCUGAGCCUGCUGGGUCUGCUCCGGAGGGUGAAAAGAGCUCUUUGGGGUCUAAUGGAGCGGUGGCCGAUGCAGGGGUGAAGCUGGAAAGUAAGUUUGUGGACCCCAGAUGGAUUGGAGGGACUUGGGACUUGACGCAAUUUCAAAAAGAUGGGAGUACUGAUUGGGAUGCUGUUAUUGAUGCUGAGGUUAGGAGGAGAAAAUGGCUUGAGGGCAAUCCAGAAUCAUCCAGCAAUGAUGACCCUGUAGUUUUUGACACCUCAAUCAUUCCAUGGUGGGCAUGGAUAAAAAGAUUUCAUCUACCUGAAGCAGAACGACUUAACGGCCGUGCUGCAAUGAUCGGAUUCUUUAUGGCUUACGUCGUAGAUAGUUUGACUGGUGUUGGUCUAGUUGAUCAAAUGAACAACUUCUUCUGCAAGACUUUAUUGUUCAUAGCUGUGGCAGGAGUACUUCUAAUCCGAAAGAAUGAGGAUAUAGAAACUCUAAAAAAAUUGCUGGACGAGACAACCUUUUAUGACAAGCAAUGGCAAGCAACCUGGCAGGAUGAAACCCCUAGUAGUUCCACAGCAGAGUAACUAGAAGUUGUUUUGUGCUCUUAAGGUUUAAUUGUUGUAUUCGAUUAUCAUCUUAUGUUGUUUGUAAUAAUGAAUUUGCAGAGGGGAACUUGAUUUUAAUUUUGGUCCCACUUUAAUCAAGGUUUUUGUUGAGGUCUGGAAGCA